UCACUCUUCCUUCAAUCUUCACUCCUUCCCUUCACCUCUUUCACUCUUCAACUCUUCUUUCAGACGACAUCAGAUCCAUAACAUACUACCGAGGACUACACAUUUCAAAUCAUUGCUAUCAGCACCAUGAUUCUAAACGUCUCGAUUGCCAUUUACAAUAUAUCAUACCAUUGCCCUUGUUCAAUUCAACACAUCGUAACCUCCUUUUAUUCCUAAUGGUUUCGAUGAUCCGGUUAGACAUCAAUUGGAGUCUUGGUAGGCUGAAAUUUUCAUGGUUGUCGGCGGGUUGGCGAGUUUUAUCACCCUGGCACUUCAGACAUCAACGGUUUGCAAUCAGCCCUAACACAGCCAACCUCCGUAUCUAUAUUUCUCCCAUUUCAUCCCAUUCCAUCCCAUUCCAUCCCACUUCAAGCAAGCUAGCCCAUGUUCACGACUCAGUUGAGAUCAGAUUAGACCCAGAUUAGAACCCUCGUCUGAUAUUUGUACAUACUCGCUUCACUCUCUUCAGAUGACAGGUACUCCAGGCGCUGCGACAACUUCGAUCUCAUGUCUAGUUUCAUCGCUUCUUAUGCAACAACGAGAUCUCCAUUGCCAAUUUACAGAGCAGAAUUAUGACCACUUCUGUCUAUCCUUUUCUUGAUCCACUUAAAGUUACACUACAUCCACGGAUGCCACAAUGCCAAGAAAUAAGAAUAAGUAUAGACGCUUCGUCUUCUUCUUUUCGUCCAACCUCCUCACAAGCAAUAUCUUCUUCUCUUUCUGUUCAAAAUUAUUUGGCGGGUUCCUCUCUUUUACAACUUCUCUCUUUUAAUUUACUUCUAUUCUAUCUUGCCAGUCAAGUAGAUCGCGUUGACCGUGUAUCUAAUUUUCACGAUCCCACACACCUCGACGGUCUUCAUUCACUCAUACUACGUUAUAAUUUAUACUUAUAACUCCAAAUUUCAAAUCAAAACAAUGUAUUUCAGCAAAAUUGCAAGUGUAGCUGCAUUGAUAAGCGUUGUAGCGGCAAUUCCAUCACCGCAACAGGGGACAAAAGACGCUGCUACAGCUGCCAGUGGAAACGAUGCAUCCCUUACAUUAGCAUCAGAUGCUAUUCAGAGCGGUUCAUUCGCCGAUGGUUCAGGAGAAAUUGGUGCGGCGGAAGUUGGGCAAGCGAAAUCAGCAACGUCGAAGAACAACUUUAUCAACUUUUGCUCUGGUGAAACUUUGACAAAUGGUCUACAAGUUACCACAGGAUCAUGUAACGGUAUUCCAAUGGGAAAGCUUCCCGCCAAGACGGCCAUGGUCUCUUCAACCAUCAUUAAUCCCCCAACAGGCGGAAAAGGCAUCCCGUCAGACACCACCUUCAAUAUCACAGUUCAAAUGUCAAAUAUCGUCGCCGGUUCCUUCACCAACGCCGAUUCCACCUACUUCGCUGCACCCCAAGAUCUCUCCGGGGGUAAAGUAAUUGGCCACACCCACGUCACUGUCCAAGAUCUCGGUAGCUCUUUGAACCCCACGAAAGCUCUUGACGCUACCCAAUUUGCCUUCUUCAAAGGUAUCAACGACGCAGGAGAUGGUAAUGGUCUUCUUUCCGCUGUCGUGACCGGUGGUCUCCCGGCUGGAAACUACCGUGUAUGCACAAUGGCUUCUUCAUCCAAUCAUCAGCCUGUUAUCAUGCCUGUCGCUCAGCGCGGUACCGCAGAUGACUGCACUAAAUUCGUAGUUACUGGUUCAGGAACUACCGCAAAUGCAGCUUCGAAUGAUGGAUCUGGUGGUCAAGCUGCUGCUGCUUUGGCGGCAAGUGCAGCGGCUGCUGGACCCAACAACUCCGUGGCAAGCUCGGCUUCAGCUGCCAAAGGAAAUGCUAAUGCAGCUAGUGCUACGAGCAAAGCUGCAAAAGCAACCAGUAAGGCGAGUACUUCUGCAAAGGCAACUAGUACAGCGAAUGCACAGGGUGGGAACAAGGGACAGGGUGGAAAGAAUGGCGAUACCAAUACACAAGGAGGGAGCGGAGGACAGGAUGGAAAGAGACGUCGCUCGAGACUUGAAUUUAUUGCAUAAAUUUCUUGUCUAAUCUGGGAGGUACAAGAUGUUUGAUACUUAUGAGCGAGAAAAAGGACGAAGAUACUUAAGCACGAGUCAAAAUCAUUAAUACAGGUAAAGUAAAGCAAGGGCUUGGGCACUGGGUAGAAGGGAAAGGUGUUUUAUUUCCUUCUCCUCUUUUUUACAUUAUUUUCUUUCGCGGGGCAGAGGCAUUGGGUUUUGGUACCCUGCGAUGAAUGAGUGAGCGGAUGAAUGAUCUAUACUUUGAUGGGAAUACACAUCGAGUAUUUGAUGCGAUAAGCUGAGUCGAGGAAUUGUUUACGAAUGUCAUACCUGAUGGAUAUCCUAUUUGUUUAUUUAUUAUAUUGUAGUGUAAUUGGAUGCUGAGUGUCACGAAUGUAAUAUCAAAAAGAAAUUUUCACAAGCAA